UGAAUCGCACCGCAUACCAUGAUUCAUUUUGCACGCCAACCAAUUUCACAUCGGCUGUCUAACGGCUGAUUGGUUGAGGUGGCUUAGCGUACUUUGGGUGAUCGAAUCUAUCAGCACUCAUUCGACUGAGGGAAUGUUGGCCGACGACAACUUUUCAAUAUCUGUUACACCAAAAGAUGUACUGUAUAUUAUGUUUCCUAAGCAUAUUUUGGAUUUCUGUUUGGUCCUUACUUGGGCGCAGUUCAAAAAGCUGAUAACCAAGUUGAUAUUUUCAAUCCUGAUUCUUCUAUAUAUGCCACAAUAUCUAAUAUUUUGGUAAAAAUGUGUUGUGAUCCAACAUGGGAUGUCCGA